GAUCGCAACUGUCAACGCGGAAACCGUGCAUUUUUGCAGCCAACAGCAAAUAGAAAAAAAACAUUAGCGGCAGAAAAUAGUUUUGCAAAUCCGCAACUUCGCGUGGUUUCUCGAACAUUCUCAAUAAGGACACUACAAUACCGGUUCAAUUAAUACGUUUCAGCGUGUACGUACGACCAAUUGAGACAAUAGCACCGGCCUACAUUAACGGAAUACCUUAAACGAAUAAAAAUCGUUGCUUCACAAGCACACGGACGAGUGUAGUACGAUCGGAACCAUGCCACCGAUGGUCGUAUGCUAUAACAGAGGAUGUGGUCAAAGUUUCGACCCACAGGACAAUAGCGAAGAUUGCGUUCACCAUCCCGGAGUGCCGUUUUUCCACGAUGCCUACAAAGGUUGGACCUGCUGCAACAAGAAAAGCGUGGAUUUUACGGAAUUCCUCAACAUCAAAGGCUGUACCCGGGGGCUGCAUUCAAACGAGAAGCCGCCAGAACCGGAAAAGCGUAAAGAGGACUCUUCAGUGACGGAAGCAGCGGCCCCGGUUGAGGUGAAGAUUCGCGAGCCGAUACGUCCGACGAUGGAGCGUCCGGCAUUUGAGACGCCAGUAACUACGUUGGAACCGUGGGUAGCACCGGCUUUCCGGAAACAGAUUGACGAAAUGCCAGCUGUGGCGACGAAGAAGAAGAGCACCACGGAUCCUGCCGCUAUCGAUGCCAGCACGGUAUGCAAGCACGGUGGCUGCAGCUGCACGUAUGGCGAUACCAACGCGAACGACAAACCGUGCGUUUACCAUCCGGGAGUGCCGAUCUUCCACGAGGGAAUGAAAUUUUGGUCCUGCUGUCAACGGAAAACUUCCGAUUUUACUGCGUUCAUGAAUCAGGCCGGUUGCGAAACUGGUAAGCAUUUGUGGGUCAGCGAGGAAGAUGAAUCGAAAGCGAUCAAGUGCCGCCUGGACUGGCAUCAAACGGCCACUACGGUGGUGGUGACGGUGUAUGCGAAAAACUACCAUUACGCAAAGAGCUACGUUCGUGUGAAUCCGAUCCGGUUGGCUAUUUGCUUGGUGUUUCCACAGCAGGAUGGUAACCAGUACAACGUGGAUAUGGAGCUACGCGGGGUUAUCGAUGUGACACAGUGUAAGGUCCAAAUGUUCGGCACAAAGGUAGAAAUAACGCUGGUCAAAGCAGAGCCGGGAACGUGGGCAAAGCUGGAUUUCCCGCGCGAGAAAAAGAACGAGCAACAGAAGGACGACACGAACAAAGCGGACAGCACCAACAAUGCCGAGGACAAUGAUUCCGACGUGGAUCUGGAUGAUCUUGAACCAACGUUGCGCACGGCCACAAUUACAGAAGUUACAGAGUAAUGCGACGAAUCUUCUCUUAAAAAAAUACGAUCGAUUCCUCGUCCCAGCGUCGCAGGAAAUCACCUCCGAAGAAUGCAAUAAAUUGGAAUAAAUUGCCGUAAGUAAUAACUUUCACUGUA